AUCAAUAUAUAGUAUUUGAACGAAAAUUCCAAAGUGUAUUCGCCCCUUACCUAGAUCAUCCGCCAAAGUCCCGUCCUAUUCACACAACACACAUGCCGCCACAAAACCCUUGUUGUUCCGUGUCAUUGAAGAACCUGGGCAACCGCGACCAUGAACGAAAACUCACAAACUGAGAAAGAUCAGUCAUCCACUGAACACAGUCAUCGCCCAUUGAAGCCGGCCAACGAAACCGUCGGCGCUCGUAACGAGAGGUUUGACAAAGAUGCCAUCGCAAGCGGAAAGCGCGAGCUGAAAGAGGACGAUUGCGAGGAUGAACUAGCUUUUGCUUAUCCAAAAUGGAAGAAAUGGUGGAUAUUAACAGUAAUCUUCCUCGUUCAAACAUCCAUGAACUUCAAUACUUCCCUCUACUCCAACGGACUUGGUGGCAUUUCGGAGCAUUUCAAUGUUAGCGAGCAAGCUGCGCGUGUGGGCGCUGCCAUCUUCCUCGUUGCCUACGCCUUCGGCUGUGAGCUGUGGGCUCCAUGGUCUGAGGAGUUCGGACGGAAACCAGUCCUGCAAGCAUCUCUGUUCCUCGUCAACAUAUGGUGCCUUCCCGUGGCUCUGGCUCCAAACUUUGGAUGUCUACUUGUUGGCCGUGCGCUAGGCGGCCUGUCAUCCGCUGGCGGCAGUGUUACCUUGGGCAUGAUAGCUGAUAUGUUUGACUCGGAUCACCAACAGUACGCUGUGGCCUACAUUGUGUUCUCUUCCGUCGGCGGUUCAAUUCUUGGGCCCAUUAUUGGCGGUUUCGUUGAGCAAUAUCUCGCCUGGCAAUGGACUAUUUGGAUCCAGCUCAUCUUUGGUGGUUUUGUGCAGAUCCUCCAUCUCCUGACGGUCCCCGAAACCCGAACGACAAUCAUGAUUGACAAGAUCGCCCGGCAGCGCAGGAAGGAUGGCGUCGCUGAUGUAUAUGGUCCUAACGAAAUCGAAUCAUUUUGGGAUCGCUUCACACUCAAGGAACUCAUGUACACAUGGCUUCGACCAUUCCGUAUGUUUUUGACAGAGCCUAUCGUUCUCACCUUGUCGCUUCUCUCUGGCUUCGCGGAUGCAUUGAUCUUUAUGCAGAUUCAGUCGUUUGCACUGGUCUACAAGCAGUGGGGCUUCAAUGCCUACCAAAUUGGUCUAGCAUUUAUUCCUAUCGGUCUUGGUUAUGUGAUUGCAUGGCUGUCUUUCAUCCCUGCAAUCAAACGCAACAAGGCAGCUCGCGCGCGAAAUCCCGCGGACGAACAUGCCCAGUAUGAGGAUCGCCUGUGGUGGCUUUUGUGGACCGCGCCGUGCCUGCCCAUCGGCCUGAUCAUCUUCGCUUGGACGAGUUCUGGACCUCCUCUUCACUGGAUCGGAACAAUGUUUGGAACCGCCAUCAUUGGUAUCGCUAACUAUUCGAUCUACAUGGCUACGAUCGAUUAUAUGAUAUGUGCUUACGGGCCCUAUUCAGCGUCUGCCACUGGAGGUAAUGGAUGGUCUCGAGAUUUCUUGGCUGGUGUACUUACCGUCCCUGCUACUCCGUUCUACACCAAUAUCGGCGCCGAGAAGGGAAUGAACCUUCAGUAUGGUUCGACAAUCCUAUUCUGUAUCUCAUUCCUCCUGGUCACAGCAGUUUAUGUAAUUUACUGGAAGGGUCCUGUACUUCGCAAGAGGUCGCCCUUCGCACAGACUCUCGCCUCGGGUGCCUCGGAACAAGGCGGCCGACGCCUCAGUAUGGUCCGCACACGAUCCAACGCCGAGCAGCCCGGCCAUGCUAGCAAGCCAGGUAUUUCAGAGCGCGGUCGUGACACUGAACACAGCCAGACCACCAGCCGGAAUGUCAGCCCCAACAAUAACGGUACGAAGUCGCAUCCCGUUACUCCUGGUACUGCCACUCCCACAAGUGACUCGACAGGCCACCCAAAGCGUCCAGGUGCGCUUGGCAGUGGCGAUCGUUUCGGGCCCAGCUCACGGAGAAGUUCGUACUAUGCGAGCAAACAUGCCGCCAGCAGGAACGCCAGCCGUAACGCCAGUCGAAACAACAGCGCUGCUAAUAGUAGGAGGAAUAGUCUUGAGGUUGCUGACUUGGAGCCUGUAGUAGGGCAUGGUCAUCCUCUCCGUGACCGAGGAGUACACCUUACAACGAUUCCAUCCGUACAGCCUUAGUAAUAUGUUAAAACGAUAAGAGAAAUUAAAAUUUCUUUAUUUUAAACUCAAAAUUUAUGUUUUAAUUCAAGUUUUAAUGUAGUUGUUUAUUAUUUACAAUAGUUUUAUAAUCAAUACGUAUGUUACGAACGAAGGUCAGGAACCAAGCCUGAAGUGGAGAAAGGAAGCAUGGGGCAGCCAGUCACCCUUGCUAAGAUUCUAUUAGACAAAGACAGCACAGGACUUUGGGUCACGUGACUUAGGAGCGACACAGGGACGGCGCUUCAUGCGACUCUAGGAGCGAUGAAGGCGCCGCGCUCCAAGCGCUCCAGGAGCGACAGGAGCAUCGCGCUCCCAGCGCUCCAAGGAAUAUCAGUGAAGGAAUGGAUGGAUAUAAUAAUGAUGGAUUUCCUACUCUACAUAGACAGUCAUUACUUCAGUGAUCAAUCUAAGCAUCUAUCUUACCCA